UCACGCGUCCAUCUCAUCGCCUUCACCUUCCGAGUCGCUCGCGAUUUUCUUUUGAAUACAGAAAGAGCUAUCGACGGAGUUACAUAAGUAGCGUAUAACCGAUGAUAUCGCUUGAUCGCAGUCGAAUGGGGGCAGUACAUCUUCCUUACAGCUGGCGGUAAAACUUGGCUACAAAGACCUUGCCAAGUUAGAACGCGACCACUGUACACCCCCAUGCCCUCCUUGCAGGUCAGCUUGGCAGCGCUCACCGUGCUCAUUGUAGCCUACAUUCUCCUCAGCCAUUUCCAGCAACGGAACCGUGAACUUCCUCUGCCUCCGGGCCCACCACAGCUUCCCUUCUUUGGAAAUGCAACCCAACUUCUCGGAAAGAACAUGAUUACAGUGUUCGAUCAGUGGGCUGAGGAAUACGGGCCUGUCGUAUACCUGCGUAUGUUCGGUCAACCAGUUAUUGUUCUGAACUCUGCAGAAGCAGCAGACGACCUCCUCGAAAAGAGGCACAAGAACUACGACGGACGCCCCAACUCCAUCCUGGCCUCUACCGCGAUGCAAGGCGACAUGAUGAUGCCUUUCAUCCAUGCCAAUGAUCGUUUCCGGCGUGUCAGAAAACUGGUCAACACCGAGUUGCGGCCUACAGCGGUGACAGAAAACUUCAACCCAGUCCAGACGGUCGAGGUUCACAAGCUGGUGAACCAUAUCAUUCAUGGCCCCUCGAAUUGGAAAAAUCAUAUCUCAACGUGCAUGGGGUCGAUUCUUACGACGGCAGUCUAUGAUAAACCUCUCCGGGGUGGGAAAGAGACGGAGGGCAUCAUCAAGGAUGUCAUCCGUCUCAAUGACGAGCUCAUCAACGCCAUCGACUCUGGCCAGAACUACGUCGACUUUCUCCCUUUCCUCCAAUAUGUCCCCGGAAUCCCAUAUAAAGCCAAAGCAGCAGCCUACUACCAGCUCGCCGAACGGACCUACAAGGCCCUCAUGGACGAAGCCAAGGCCAAUUUCGAGGCCGGCAAGUCCGCGAAAGGUAUUGCUGCGCGUUUAUUGGAGAAGGAGUCGAAGGGAGGGGACAGCAGGGUGAAGAUCACGACUGGGGGAGAUGAAGAUGGCGAUGGCGAUGGCGAACCAGAUUAUAGAGAACAAUAUUGGGCUUUGGCCGCCUUCUAUCUGGCCGGAAGUGACACGCAGAGCAUCGCUUCGCAGAGCUUGAUCCUCGCACUUGCACUCCAUCCCGACAUAAUGAAGAAAGCUCAAGACGAAGUCGACAAGGUCGUUGGGUCAGAUAGGGUCCCGAGCUUCGCUGACGAGCCAAACCUCCCUUACAUCAAAGCUCUCACCAAAGAGGUGCUCCGAUGGAGACCUACCGGUCCUGUUACCAUUCCUCACGCUAGCAUCGAGAGCGAUAAUUAUAAAGGCUACUUCAUCCCUGCAGGUGCUAUGGUCAUUCCUAACGUCUGGACAAUGCAACAAGACCCCAAAAUUUACCCUGAACCUGAAAAGUUUGACCCGGAGCGCUAUGUGCGGACCCCUAACUUGCCUGUGCAUGCUUUCGGUUUCGGUCGUCGUGGUUGUCCAGGUCGUCGUGUGGGCGAACAGACACUCUUUUUGGAGUUUGCUACUAUUGCAUGGGCUUUGCAUGUCUCGAGGGCGAAGGAUCCUCAGACCGGUGAGGAUAUUCCGUUGAACUCGGAUAGGGAGACGGGGUUUAGUCCUGUAGGUCUGUUGGAGCCUUUGCCAUUCAAGGUUAGCAUCACGCCGAGGAGCGAGGAGAGGACGAAGUUGUUGGAGAGGGUAGUUGAAUCUGAGGAGAUCUGAGGGAGCUGUUGUAUUUUACCUGGUCGACUAUCCAGCUUUCUGCCUUUCUUGUGUCUGCUUUCUUACUAUAGUUCUGGUUGGUUAUUGACUUGUCGUUCGUUUUGCAUAUUUGGUGAACAUUUGCACCUAGUGUUAGGCAACAAUACCAUAGCAAAUCUCUCAAGAGUGCGCGUACC